AUGUUCAGGGUAAGGAGCAAAAUAAAAAUUGGGGGAGAAAUCCGCUUCCCUAUGAGAAGGAAUUACACAAACAAUAGUAGAGGAAUGCAGAAGGAAUAUGUGUAUACAAAAUAUCGAAUUAGUUUGCCAAGCAUAAGCAACGUAAGGUACGAUGAUUUAUACUUGUCAAGUCCAAAUAGAGAUGAAUUAUAUGCCUUCACUAAAAAGGUACCAAUAUUUUUAAGGUACUUAAAAUUAAUAACAUCAUUGGAAAAUCGAAAUUCAGAUUUCAUAGAAUUUGCAAAGAGAUGUGAAAAUGGAUUGACAAUAGAAAAAGAUAUAUAUUUAACAAAAGAAGAAUUACUCGAAUUAAUGUUUAUAAAUGGUUAUUCAAAAAAAGAAAUGAAUGCAUUCGAUUUAGCAUUUACAAAUAAUUAUGAAUUUCAUUAUCCAGAAAUAUCUGUUCUUUUUCAAUUAGAUGAAGAAGACGUGUACAAAUUUUGUCUUAAAAAAAGAAGUGAAAAUCCGGAAAAAUUAUUUCAUUUAAAAUAUGUUAAAGACAAAAAUAUGUUAUCAUCCUAUGGUUUAAUAUUUGUGUUCCUAUACUUUGGCUUAAAUAAUGUUGUAUUGAGUAAUGCAUGGUUCUUAUCUAAAACAAUUCCUUUUUUUUCUGUUUUUUAUAUGCUAGCCUCUCAUUUUUAUAAAGACAUAUGGAAUUUCCUAAAUAAAGAAAAAAAUCUAAUGAUAGAGCAAUGUGAACAAAAUAAAUUAUCUGCAGAGGAUAUUAUUUACAACCAGUUAAAAUUGUAUUCUAAAGACACAGAAUGUAGUGCCAAUUUAACCAAUUUCAAAAACUAUUGUGAUGAAUUAAUUAAAAUUUAUAGAAAGGCUUACAUAAAUGAGCAGAGGAACAAAAUACAUGAACAAAUAGAGAAAAAAUUAAAUGAAAUAUAUAACGCUGAAAUGAAUUAUAAAAACUCGUUGCAACAAAUUCUUGUACGAGAAAUUGUUAAAAAAACAUACCAACAACUUGAAACGGAUCCAAAUUUUUAUAAUUCAAUUUUAAAUGAUAGUAUUAACAAUAUAAAAGGUAUUACACAAAAUGACACCCUAAUAAAGCACGUUAAAAAUGAACUAAACUUUAUCAAAAAUCUGGACAAAAAUAACCCAUUGGUUAAAAAUAUACUUGAUCAAUAUGAAUUGAAAAAAGAACAAUAUGUAAAAGAAUUUGUUGUCCAUAAAGAUGAAGCACAAAAAAUCAAGGCCAUCACUUCCAAGUGUGCCUUAGAUAUUAACAAACUUAGUCAAGAAGAUUACAAGGAAUUAUUAAAAUUGUAUGUUCUCAUAAAUAACAGAUUCGGUUUCUAUGUCAACGAAGAUAACACACCAACCGUUCAACCCAGAGACGAGGAUUCCAACGGAAUUGCUCAAACUGUCAAUCGAAUAAUAUCCGACGCGAAUAAGAAAAUGCACGACAGAAAUUUGGUAGCCUUCUUGAAGGCCUUUAUGUAG